GGAAUUAAUAAGAAUGAAUUUAAGACGACAAAAUAAAAUACGUAUUAAACUGAGACGCUUAGUUGUAAAAAAACAAAGGGACUUCAAAAUUAAAAUGUGUGAUGACUUGAAAAAAAAUGAAUAUACAGUAUUAUCGACAAUUAUUUGAUAGUUGUAGUUUAAGUAUUGGACCUUUAUUAAAUGGACCACGUAUAAGAAGCUUAUUGAUAAAAAAAACGUUCUAGUGACUGGUGGCUGGAAAUAGUUAAUGUCCAGUUUGUAAAAGAAGACUGGAUUGAAAAUGUUAAUCGACCUACUAGUUACUACUGAAAUACGGUAUUGUCUAUUAAAAGGUUAACUAAUUAUUUUUUAUCAUCACCUAAUAAAAUAAUGAAUAUUUACAACUGAUAAUUGAUUCGGUUGUAGUUGUGAUUUCGCAUCGAUCCGUUUACAUGCAUUUUGUACUCGCGUAGUUAUUUCUAAUACGCAUUUCAAGUGUGAAUUAGCUAAACCGUUUUAGGUAAACCGAAUUGAUUUUAAACCGAAUUAACAGCCGUUUACAUGCAGGCCCGGAUUAAGGCGUAAGCAGUGUAGGCUUCAGCCUACACAACCACGGAUUUAGGGGCACGGGCACUACAUACUAUCCUUAUUUUUUUUUUCUAAACUAGAAAAAUUGUACAAUCUGUAAAAUAGUUAUUGACAAUAAGCACAAUACUAUCCUGAUGUUAUUUUUAUUUAAAUAAUAUCGGAAAUUUGAAAUAGUAAUAAUCAAUGCGUUUUGUCGUGCGGUCUUCUAAACCUCGUUUUAUUUUUAGAUUGUUAUUUUUCCGUAGAACCGGUCGCACACCGAUAACGUGUGUAGAGCCGCAGACGGCAGACAAUGCCAGUGCGUUUACUUAUUUAUAUUUGUCGUAGCUCGCCGCCGAUGGUCAUAAAUUGGGUAAAAUAGUAUAAAAUAUUAAAUAGUAUUAGUAUUUCGUAUACACGCGUCACGUGCAUCGAAAAUUCGUCCGUUUGAUCGUACGAUUCGUACGUAUGUUUUGUUAACACUAUUGUAACUUGUAAAUUUAAAUUAUAAAGGUUUUACUUUAGUGCGAGUAGUGCAUUUUAUAUAUAGUUUAGUGUUCGAUAUUUAUGUAAAAAUGGAUCAGAAACGGCAUAUUAGUGGAGCACAAGCGAGAAAGCGUGCAAUUGAUAAAAAAGAAAAAGAAGUGAUUUUAUUAAGUAAAAUACCUAGGUUAAAUAAUUUUUUCAAACAAAUAAAUAACAUUACCCCUAGUUGUGUUGAAGAUAAUAAACUAGAAUCUUCAAAUGAUAUAACUAUUACUAAUAAUUGUUCUACUACUUCUACUUCUAUUCAAUGUACUGCGUCUUCUUCAGAUCAAUCAGUUGUUGAUAUAAAUGAGGAAUCAGAAAAAUCUGAGCUAAAUGUCAUUCCUAAUCCUCUUACGCAGAAUAAUACAAAUAAUUUUAAAGAUCCAGCAGAUUGGACAAAUAGUAAUAUAUGUCGUAAUUAUAUUGCAAAAUUUGGAUAUGAUCAGAACAUUGAUGCAGAUUUUACUUCAUCAAAACGAACUUAUUCUGAUUAUGAUCGUUAUUGUAGUAAAUCAAUCUUUACGAAAAAUCGAAAAAACGGAGAAAAUGUUUCACGGAAAUGGCUUGUUUAUUCAAUUUCAAAAUUUGUAUUAUUUUGUGCUCCAUGCAAAUUAUUUGGAUGCAGUACUCAACUGGGAGAUGCUGGAUUUAAUGAUUGGAAAAAUGGACAUUUAGUUAUUUCCAGGCACGAAAAUUCUUUGGCACAUAAAAAUAAUACAUUAAGUUUUAUUACAUUACAAAGUGAUGUAGGUAGAAUUGACACUCAAUUGGCAACACAAGUGACUGAUGAAAUUAAUUACUGGAAAGCUGUUCUUCAUCGAGUUGUUGAAGUAAUUAAAUUUCUCGGUGCAAAAGGUUUAUCAUUCAGAGGUGAUAAUGAACAAUUUAACAAAAUUAACAAUGGGAACUUUUUGGGAACGUUAGAGUUACUUGCUAAAUUUGACCCUUUUAUUGCUCAACAUAUAGAAAAAUAUGGGAAUAGAGGGAAAGGAACUCCGUCUUAUUUAUCAUCCACAAUCUAUGAAGAACUUUUACUUUUGAUGAAGAAUGAUAUAAUUAAAAUUAUAUUAAAAGAAUUAAAAGCAGCCAAGUAUUAUUCUUUAAUUGUUGAUUCUACACCUGAUAUAGCAAACAUCGAUCAACUUGUUAUUGCAUUAAGAUAUGUUUUACCUAGUGGUGUACCUGCAGAAAGAUUUUUAAUAUUCAUUCCAAACAGUGGUCAUAAAUCUAAAGAAAUGAGCAAUGUUGUAAUGGAUUUUCUUAAUUCACACAAUAUAUCAAUUGAAAAUUGUCGUGGCCAGAGCUACGACAAUGCGAGGAAUAUGUCAGUUUUAAUGCUACAAAUAAAAAAUUACAAUCAACUGAUAUUGAUCUUCAUACAGUAUUAGAACUAUAUAAUGGCCUUGAAAAUUACUUGGUACAGAUCAGAGAUGAUUUUGAUGUUUUUGAAAAUAAGGCUGUAGAAAUUACUGGUUGUU